UAGUGAAGUAAUAUGGAAAAUCGAGCGUUGCUAACUCUUCUAACCGUCACUGUUGUCCUGCAAAUAACUCUUUGUGCAGUGCCGAAAAUGCAGUUGGUUUUAACAAGCAUAGAGCAGUGCAAAGGCAAGGAGGAUUUGCCAAUAACCAUUAACCAUUGGGAAAUCAUACAGCGAGAGAAAAGCAGCUUCUACCUCACCGGGAUUAUAAAUGUUACACAGGAAUUCCCAGAAGGAUUCGACGUUGAACUUCGUGUAGAUAAAUGUCCAGCGGAUGCACGACUUGGAAAUUGCGACACAUUUAUAAAUAACUUUGCAACGAAGAAUAUAUGCUACAUUUUCGAGGUAAACCAACCUCGUGCAAUGCAAAUCUUUUUCAACUCAGUCGAACCAAAAUUGAAAUGUCCCCUUAAGCCAGAUGUUUACAGUGUCAAAGAUAUGAAGGCGGAACAAAAUCUUAUUGAUUUCCUCCCUCAAAUGGGAGCAACUUCUUGGCUAGUAACAUUGAUCGCAAGGCAUAAUAACCAGGAGGUGGGGUGUUCAGAAACUACGGCUAAUGUCCACCCGCGACGAUUGAGAGGGUGAGAAGGAAUAGAGAGGACUUGAGGUUACCAACGGUACCAUAGUAGAGUUUGUUUGUGUGGUCUCACAAAUCAAAUCCGUUACGUAUUUAGCAACAGUCACUAUUUCACUGUUAUAGUAUAA